GAGCAUCCCUUCUCUCUCUCCUUCUUUAUUUGGGUUUUUGCCAUUUCCUGCAUAUCUCUUUCUCUUCUGCCAAUCAUCGAUCCUCUCCUCACCAUCUCCUUCCCUUCCUUCCUUCCUUCCCAUCAAUAUCAGUCGGUCGAUUCCUUUUCCUGGUUUUCUUUUCCCUUUCUUUCUUUACCCUCUCUCUCUCUCUCUUUGCUCUGCACUGUGCUGCUCUGCCUUGCUUGAUUUGGCAUAGGAUUUCAUUUUGCUUUUGGGUGAUUUUCCUUGUCAAACCCUUUUUCUGGGGUUAUUGGCUUUUAUGGUAAAAAUUUCCAAAAUCGCUCAUCCACAACCAACCUUUGACCUCCAAACCCAGCCAGCCACACUGCCCAGAUAAGGGAAAAAGAAAAAGCCCACCUUCCUCCUCUCCUCUCCCUCCUUUCUCCCUCCUGGUGGUGAAAUUGGGAAGCCCAAAAGCACCAAAAUUUUCCAAAUUAAUCCCUCUCCCCCACUUCGCUUCUUCUCAACUAAGAAUCCAUAACCCUUUACUCAUAUUCCUUUCUUGGGCUACCAGAUUCCAUUUCAGUCUUCCCAAGUUCCCCUCAACCGCUUCCUGCUAGUCCUGGAGCUGGGUUUUCUGUUCUUGAAUCUGGUUUGUUUUUCUGUGUUGGUUUUUCUGCUCCCCUAGCUACUACCUAAAUUACUCGAAAAUCACAACCACCAGCAGCAGCAGCGACACUGUUUGGGUGUGUAGGGGAAGGGAGUUUGUCUCUUUCUUUGGGGGCUGGGGGUCGGUUUUGGGUUUCCGAUCUGAAGAAAGAAAACCGGACAUUGAAGUCUGGGAAGGAGCAGCAGCAGCAGCAGCUGAGAGAAACCAGAAGAAGAGAGAAAGAGGCGGCAAGAUGGUGCGGGGGAAGACGCAGAUGAGGAGGAUAGAGAACGCGACGAGCAGGCAGGUGACCUUCUCCAAGCGCAGGAAUGGGCUGCUGAAGAAGGCGUUCGAGCUGUCUGUGCUUUGCGAUGCCGAGGUUGCCCUCCUCGUCUUCUCACCUCGCGGCAAGCUCUACGAAUUCGCCAGCGCCAGCAUGCAGGGCACAGUUGAACGUUACAGGAAGCAUGUGAAAGACAGUCCAAAACCCAGACCGCCACCCGAGCAAAACAUGCAGUUGAAGGAGGAAGCAGCAAACAUGAUGAAAAAGAUACAGGUUCUUGAAGCCUCCAAAAGGAGGAUGAUGGGAGAAGAUCUAGGAUCAUGCACUAUGGAAGACCUACAGCAGAUUGAGCAACAGUUGGAGAAGAGUGUCGGUGUCGUUCGGGCCAGAAAGAAUCAAGUCUUCAGGGAUCAAGUUGAGAAGCUGAAAGAAAAGGAGAGAGUGUUGUUGGCCGAGAAUGAGAAGCUGUGCCAAAAGGUCAGCACUGCUUCACAAUAUGACUCCUAUACUAUUAUGCUGUGGCAUGAAUUUGCUAACGUGAUGACUAACCAAACUAAAUGGUUGCCCUAAACUUUGAACUUGGGAUGUUUUGGAAGGUUUUGAUGUUCUCAAAGUGAUUAGAAUUGGGUAUUAUAUGUAAAGAAUGAUGUCUGGUUUUGCAGUGUGGAACGGACUCAUCAAUGCAUGAAGAGCAAGAGAAGCAGCAGCAGCAGCAGCAGAAAGAGAAGGAGAAGGAGAAGGAACAGCAGAAUGAAAAUUCAGGGUAUGAUGAAGGCAGUCCAGUUUCAGAUGUGGAGACUGAACUCUUCAUUGGACUUCCAACCAAGCGCUUGCUUCCUAGGAAUUAGUAGCUAGCAUUCCAUUGAUUGGCCUUUGCAAGCUGCAGCUGGGUACUAUUACUUCAUUUCCACAUUCGCCCUCCUGAUCCCACUUGGAUGGAAGUUAUGUUCAUGUUUAGACGCCUCAACUGUUCUAUCGUAUUCAUUUUCUUCUUAUGCUAUAUAGAGAGAGAGAGAGAGAGAGAGCUGUGACAUAUCAAUAAUGUGGUGAUGAGUGCCAACAUGAACUGUAUUUCAUUGGGUUGGCAUCUCAUCCGAUCCUAGCUUUAUCCCCCCUAGCGAUCCUUGUAAAACCAUGACAAUACUUUGUUCCCACAAAUCUGAAGUAAUGUGUUGUUGGCGACUAUCCAUAUUUAGAUUUGUACAUGUCCACCACAGUAGUAGGCAAUGGAGGGAAGUCAAAAGUACCUUGAUUUGCAUUUUGGCAAUUGUACUGGUAGUUGUAUUAGUGCAAUGGUAUUAGUGUACAGGUGCAAUGGUAGAUGUAUCAGUG